UUAUAUUCGUCUCCUCUUUUCCACUUUCCAUGUCCAUUCUCACAAGACUCUCGUCCCGUGUUCCAUACCUCGCAAAACAAUUAUCCACCAUGCCCUCUUUCCAGAUCCCAAAGACCAUGAAGGCCAUCCAGGUCGACGCUCCGGGCGGCCCCGAAGUCAACGUCCUUCGGGAAAUCCCUGUCCCGACUCCCAAUCCAGAUGAGGUUUUGAUCAAAGUUCAGUACACUGGUGUUAACUACAUUGACACCUACUACCGAAGUGGUCUCUAUCCCAAGAAAUUCCCCUACACUGUCGGACAGGAUGCUGUCGGCACCCUCGUCCAGGGCCCUUCUUCUCCCGACGUCAAGUUUGACAUCCCCCUCGGUACCACCGUCUUCACUCCUGCCGGCAGCUCUUUCGCCGAGUACCUCGUUGCUCCUUCUUCCCGUGUCGGUGUCGUGCCCGAGGGUGUUGACCCUAAAGACGGUGUUUCUUGGUCUACCGUCGGUCUUACCGCCCUUGCCCUCGCCAAGGAGAGUUACCCCGUCAAGAAGGGUGACUGGGUUCUUAUCCGAGCUGCUGCCGGUGGUGUCGGCCUCGUGCUCACUCAGAUUGUAAAAUAUCUUGGUGGUCAUGUGAUCGGUACGGUCUCUUCCCAGGACAAGGCCGAGCUCGUCAAGAGUUACGGUGCUGAUUUGGUCCUCUUGAGCACCGAUCCUUCAGAGGAUAAUGUUAAGAAGAUUUUGGAAGUGACAAACGGUGGUGUGCACGGCGUGUACGAUGGCGUUGGAAAGGAUACCUGGGAAGAGGAUUUCCUUGUCGUCAGGCGAAAGGGUACCAUCGUUACUUUUGGUAACGCUUCUGGUGCCGUCCCCGCAUUUGCUCCUCUUAAACUUACACCCAAAGCCCUCAAGGUCACCCGACCCACCGUCUGGUCCAUCGUCACUACCCCUGAAGAAUUCAAGGAGUACACCACCGAGUUGGUCGAUAUCGUCAAGAAAGCCGGUCUCAAGUUUGAAGUGUACAAGGUGUACGAGCUUACCCAAGAAGGCGUCGUCCAGGCCCAGAAGGACAUUACUUCCAGGGGAACCACCGGCAAGCUCUUGAUCCACGUUGCCGACAAGUAAAAUAUGAAUUGUUGUACCGAGUGGGAGGAAGGGUUGUGAACGUAUGCAACAAAAAACGUAUCUCAAUGUGCUCGAAAGAUCGUUAACUCACGAAUACAUGAUGCAU